CCGAUCUCUCCAGUCUCAAAUUGUGUAUUGGCCUUUAUGGUACAGCAGGUGGCGGUGUGGGACUUUCUGCUUGUUUUUGUUGUUAGGGGGGUGUUUCUUGUUGUUUUUUGGUUGGAGUUGACACUUCUUAUAACUUAAUUUAAAACGUACUAAACUAACAGCACUGGAGUUAUAGACAUUUUCUGGCAAUAUGAUUAAUGGCAGCUUCAAUUUCAUCAUAGGCUGCCAGUAUUUUAUUUCUUCACGAAGAAUAAACCACACCACACAAUGGAUAACAGUCCACCAUAAACCGCACAGCAGUUCUGACUCAAAAACACAACUAAACGUGCGUAAAGAAGAAAGUCCGCUUAAUCAUAAACGAACACGGUUAAAACAUAUAUUAAUAAUAAACUUACAUGUACAGACUGAAUUUGUGACAGCACGGACUUAGAAAUUAACCUUUAGAUGUAGCUACUGCAACAUUUUUUUGUGUGUGAAUAAUUUAUUUUUCUGUUGUCCUUUUUACGUGUAUAUUUAUUUCGUUUAAUCCUUGCGCACAUUAUCAGGAAAUGGAUGUAUAACUGCUAUAGGUUAUACGUUAUUGAGUUUGGGAAGGAGAAAAAAAGAGAAAUCGCUUAGGCUAAGUGAAACUGAGGACAUGAUGUUUGAAAUUUUGAAGAGCAGAAGGUUUCAUUAAUGCCUUUUUAAAGUGUGAACAUUUAUAAGAAACCUGCAGGCGUUUGUGCUCUUCUUUAGCACAUAGAAAAAGUAUGACCUGUUCAGCAAUAAAAACGAUCAGGCCUACCCCUGUGAUGUUCGAAAGUGUUUCAAAAACGAAACGUUAAGAACAUUCGGAAGAAUUACUUGUAUUAUGACUUGACUAUUUUGAAAAUGCUAUAAGCUAUUAGAUAUUUAGUAGAACUAUUAAAAAAAAAAAAAACGUUGAUGCAUUAUGCCAAAGGGUUGUUUUAAAAUAUUCAGUAAGGCAUUACAAAUAAUAAUAUAUGUAAAAUCAUCCAUGGCCAUCAGCAGCAGCCAGCAGGUGCUUAAUGAAGUAAGAAAGGACUUAAAGUCAUCCCAUGUCAUCUUGGUAGGGAUGCUGCGCGCGAUUUUCGUCUUUCAAAGUUGACUCUGACUGUUCUGUGCGUCACAGCCACGCCCAUACAACACAUUAUUACACCUAACUCAUAUUCUCAUGCGGUUUGUUAGACUGCAGUCCUGGGGGAGAAGGAACUUUGUUGUCAGCGGUUCUCUCGCAUCCCUGUGGACUGAGAGGCAGCGCGGGAGUCAUGAAGCAGGAGGUCAGGGCUGCUCUGGGGUCAGCGCAUCCCUGGCUCCACACAGAGACUCAGAGAAGAGGUGUUGUUCUUGCCCGGGCGCACUUUGAGAAACAGCCGCCUGCCAACCUGCGCAAGUCAAACUUCUUUCACUUUGUGUUGGCUUUAUAUGAUAGUCAGGGUCAGUCUGUGGAGAUAGAGCACACUGCGUUUGUGGGCUUUGUUGAAAAGGAGAAGGAGCCAGUAAGUGAAAAAACAAACAAUGGAAUCCAUUACAAACUCCAGUUACUGUACAACAAUGGUGUCAGAACACAGCAAGAUCUUUACAUCCGUUUGAUAGACUCUGUGACCAAACAGGCAAUUGUGUUUGAAGGUCAGGAUAAAAACCCUGAAAUGUGUCGCGUUCUUCUCACUCAUGAGAUAAUGUGCAGCCGAUGUUGUGAUAAGAAAAGUUGUGGAAACAAGAACGAAACACCAUCAGAUCCCAUCAUUAUUGACCGGUUCUUCCUGAAGUUUUUUCUCAAAUGUAAUCAAAAUUGCCUAAAAAAUGCAGGGAACCCACGAGACACGCGUCGUUUCCAGGUGCUGGUCUCUACUACAGCAUCUGUUAAGGCCCACAUUCUAGCCAUUUCAGAUAAUAUAUUUGUCCAUAACAAUUCAAAGCAUGGCAGAAGACCAAGAAGAUUUGAGCUGAUUGAAGCUGAGAUCCCCUGCAUCAAGGCCAUCAGUCCGAGUGAAGGUUGGACAUCAGGUGGCGCCUCAGUGAUCAUUAUUGGAGAUCAGUUCUUUGAUGGUCUACAGGUGGUUUUCGGAACAGUUAUGGUCUGGAGUGAGGUGAUUACACCACAUGCGAUUCGUGUGCAGACUCCACCUCGUCACAUCCCUGGUGUUGUAGAAGUUACACUGUCCUACAAGUCCAAGCUGUUCUGCAGGGGACCUCCAGGACGCUUUAUUUACACUGCUUUAAAUGAGCCAACCAUUGACUACGGGUUCCAGCGGCUGCAGAAGGUGAUUCCUCAUCAUCCAGGCGAUAUGGAAAGAAUACCAAAAGAAGUCUUACUGAAGAGAGCAGCUGAUCUCUUAGAGAUGUUUCAUGGAAUGCCUCACAACAACCAGGAAAUGAUUCUGAAGCGUGCGUCUGAUAUAGCACUCCACGCCAUCCCACGAAACCCAUCCAACACAAAUUCACAUGGAAUGAUGGGUGUAAACUCCUUUGAUGCACAGUUACCCUUGAACACAGAAGUUUCACCGGAUGUAGAACGAGCAUCUCUUUCAGUGGGUUUCAGUCGGAGAUCAAACAGUGGCUUCAUUGCAGGCAGCACAUCCCAGCAGUCUGAAUUCAGCAAUACUAAUACAUGCAUGAAUACACACACACAUUCACACUCUCACUCCAACGUGCCAAGACACACACACUCAAACACACCUCCAUCCAUGGCUGGGCACAUGCAAACACACACACGCCCUUCUGUGGCAAACUUCUCUGUGGCCACACAGCCAUUCUUAGACAGUCCUACAUCGGAUACACAACACUACAUCGUGAAGCAAAAAAGUGCAUUUGCUCCAGUUCUGAAGCUGCAGUCCUCAACAGCACAAGCUUCAGGUGUCCCUGUCUGCACACCUUGCUUGGACUAGUGACACCAGACACACUUUCACAUGAACAAAUGAAAAACUCUUUUAGAAGUUGUAAUCGUUUUAGUCAAGGAGGGACAACGUCUGUUUUGCAUUUUGCAGGUUCUCUCAUUGCAGGCAAUACAAAAACAUGGUUGGGGAUAAAGCAACUUUUGUAUAUAUAUAUAUAUAUAUAUGUCUACAAUAUUCACCUCUCUAUUAUUAGUGUAUUUGUUGUCUGUGCCCAAGCCAUUAAAUAUAAAUAUUACCUAUGUACGUUAACUUUGUGUGUCAUCUUGCUGAGUUCUCAUUGGCUGCUUAAUCCCUCAGAGCACUUGAAAUGUUUACAUUUAAAUUAUCAUUCAAAAGAUUGGGGUCGGUAAGAUUUUCUCGUAUGCUCAACAAGGUUUCAUUUAUUUGAUAAAAUAUUCUGAAAUAUUAUUACUAAUAGCUGUUUUCUAUUUUAAUGUGUUUUAAAAUGUAAUUUAUUCCUGUGAUGGAAAAGCUGAACCUUCCGCAGCAAUUAUUUCAGUCUUUAGUAGCAUUAUACUAAAGUUAAACUAAUCUUUUCCAUGAACAUUUGCCUACUAAAACUCACUAUUAUUUAAGGAAAACGAAAAAUGGUCAAUACAUUGGACAUGGAUUGGUACUAGUCUAACUGGUGACAAUGACAGUGGUUAUUUUCUAACAAGGAUUUAUUUCAGCCCAGGUUUCACAAGGAGUAUGUCUCUAGAAGUCUAUUCUUCAUGUCUCAUUAAAUUCUCAUAUAGGUUGAGAAUUGCUCUUAUGGCAAGGGAGGCAGCUCUGUUUGUGUUCUAGAAGAUACUUCACUGAAUUCUCAGAUUAGCUCUUUUAAACGAUCAAGUUUUACUAUAAGGAGGAGGCAUCAGCCUGGACAUGCUGGACAUGGAGUUUGUUUCUUAUAAAUCUGAGCGCAUGAGUGAGUCCUCCCUGUGAGUGUGAGAGGAGGCUGAACAUUCACAUGAACACUGAAAAUCCUGUGGUAGAUGUUAAAACCCCUUCACAACAGCAUCAAUGUGCAAUUUGUCUUUUAUUCACAUUUGUAUUACUGAAAUGGAGUGCAAAAUUAGGAACCAUUAUCUUUAUUAAUAAAAAUAAUUAAUGUAUGAAAUUAGUAUAUUACACUUUUUCUGUUAUCAAGAUUUGCUCAACCUAAAUCAGUGAAAUUUAGAACAUGCUCCGAGGACAUUAAAAAAAGUCUAUGGCAUCCAUUGCUCAUUGUUAACAUGUUAUUGUAUCCAUGUUAUUUUUUCUG